GUCCCCGCUACAAGCAGUCACACAAGCUAUCCACCGCCACUGUACCCAUUUGUGCAAUCUUGAAGCUGUUUUUGCCUCAUUUGUUCACACAGAAGACGGCCAGCAACAGCAAUCGUCGAUCCUGGAGUGUCCGGUCCCCAUUUGGCCCACGCUGAGGGACUGAUUACUCCACCGCGGGGUCUAUCAAGGUCCUCACACCGUUUUCUCACAGCACCACAAUUGGCAUACACUCUUUUGCUCGCGCCUCUUUUCUGUCGUUGGAAUUGCUUUUGGUCUUGCCUGUUCGCUUUGGAGCAUCUUAUCGUUGGUACCGGCGACCCCAUUCUGGGCAGCCGAAGCUGCGCAUGUGUAGUCAAUACACACUUAUCUGGUCUACGAAGAUCCUUUGUACUUUUUCCUGGCUUAAGCGAUGGAAAAUACCUCUCGAGAAGUCCCAGCGCAGAGCGUGCGCUUCAGCGAUGUGAACGAGGAGAUAGAGCCUGCCACGAAGGAGGAGUUGAGAUCUCUGUCCAAUGCCCUACAGAAUAGUCGUUGCCAGGUCCGGCGCAUGGAGAAUUUCUCCUUUGAACCAGUAUCGCUUCCGCCUUCAAGAGCCCCUUCACCUCCUCCAGCCUCACGCACGUCUUCCGGACAUUCUGUGCUCCGAUCUCCAGCUGUUCAUCGCCCAUCUCCACCCUCAUCCGCAUUGCACUCCCCGCCGUUGACCCCAGCAGGAACCGCCUCGCAAGAUGGAAAAACUAGCAGCGCUAUUGGCGGCCCCAAACCUUCGAGUGAUCCUGCUAUGAUGACUCCACAGAUUUCCCCACCGCAUGUACCGCCACCCACUUCAAUGGAACCCGUCCAGCACAAUCGCGAAGCUGAGCCGGUUCGGCGGUCGCGCUCUCCUCGACGCUCUCCACGCUCCACUCCGCCGCCCACCUCCGGUUCCGAUGUUCCAGGGGUCAUUGGUGCCCAUCCAAAGCAUCCCCCCAUCUUCUCGGUCGGCCCAGCAGGGGACUCGCUCCCUCCGUCACGAGACUCGAGCCCAUCCGCAUCUACUGGCAUUCGGACCCCAGGUAACCGCACCCCUGGAACGUUCACGCCGACGCAUGGCCGGCCUCUCAACCCAGCAGGUGACAGAGAUGACCCAUACGCUCGCUCUAAACGACCUCCGCAACCGACCAAUCCGCUUCCAGGUUCGCUGGACUCUCGCUUUGUAUUUGGGCCAUUCGGAGGACGAAGGAAACGCAGGGAGGAUUCACCGACCAUGUCAGCAAACACCUUGCCUAAGCCGAGAGGGAGCAUGGAAUCGAGUUGGCAUGGGAAUAAGCACCAUAUCCAUGUAGACGAGGCCGAUUCUCGCUCGAUACUAGGUAAACAACAUCACCAUGGCUCUAUGUCCGAGCUAAAGCGCUUUUUCAAACUGGGGAAACAUAAAGAAAAGAGGGCUCAGUCACCAACGCCCUCUCUCAAGACGGAGAGGGCGGCGAAAAGUAAACCCACGGGAUACGCAACUCCGCCAACCACUGCCAGUCACGAAUCUGUUAGUGUUCCCUUCGCCGAUGAUCAUGGCCUGCAAAGCAAAUAUGGGAAAUUCGGAAAAGUCCUUGGCGCAGGCGCCGGUGGCUCCGUGCGCUUGAUGAAACGCAGUAGCGACGGGGUCACGUUUGCGGUCAAGCAGUUCAGGCCGAGACACUCGUACGAGAAGGAGAAAGACUACAAGAAGAAGGUCACGGCAGAAUUCUGCAUAGGAUCCACAUUGCAUCAUGGCAAUAUCAUCGAGACCAUGGACCUGGUCAACGAGAAGGGGAAUUACUAUGUUGUUAUGGAGUACGCACCGUAUGAUCUGUUUGCCAUUGUCAUGACGGGAAAGAUGAGCCGUCAAGAGAUCAGCUGCUGCACACUCCAAAUCUUGAAUGGGGUGACUUACUUGCAUCAGAUGGGUCUUGCCCAUAGGGAUUUGAAGCUGGACAAUGUUGUGGUCAAUGAACACGGAAUCAUGAAGAUCAUUGAUUUUGGUAGCGCCAUUGUCUUUCGAUAUCCUUUCGAAAACGACAUUGUUCCGGCUACUGGUAUCGUUGGUUCAGAUCCUUAUUUGGCGCCCGAGGUGUAUGAUGCGAAGUCAUAUGAUCCUCAACCGGUAGAUAUUUGGUCGCUCGCCAUCAUCUUCUGUUGCAUGACACUGCGUCGAUUUCCCUGGAAACAGCCCCGGCUGUCUGACAACUCCUACAAACUAUUCGUGUCUCCGCCGAAUGAUGGUCCCCGACUAAGUCACCACCAUCACGACUCGAAUCCCGAUUCUUCAGUUGAUCCACACCGAGGUGCACGCUCAGAGCCGACAUCUCGCCUGCCAUCAGCUCGCGCGCCUGAAUCCACUCACCAGGACAAGGACGGAGCCGAGUCCAUCUCGACCGAACCGGGCCCCGAGAAGGAGAAGGAGAAGCAACCGCCAACGGUGAUCAAAGGCCCUUGGAGGCUCCUGCGUUUGCUGCCGAGGGAGACGAGGCAUAUCAUCGGGCGAAUGCUGGAGAUUGAUCCCAAAAAGCGUGCGACCCUGGACGAGAUCUUGAACGAUAAGUGGGUUCUCAACAGCCAAGUGUGCUCGCAGGAGGCUGCAGGCAGGAUUAUCCGCGCAAGCGACCACGAGCACACGCUCGAGGGUCCGUCAUCGACGUCGUCUGCACCACCCAGCAAGCAGCAAAAGUGAAUGAGUGUAUAGCAGUGAUCUUCAUUACCGUUCUACUCCUCAACAACGCAUAUAUGGUCCGAACUGUAAGCAGAAGUGGCGAGCGGAUAAAUUGAGACAUGUACAUGGAUGUUCGUAAGGAGGAUGUCGGCGUUGGAAAAGGGUCAAGUAUUUUGGUCGUCGCAAGCGAUUUCGCAUUGGAGAUGUGUGAUAGACGGUUGGGUUUUCGUCCUUCUAGGUUUUUCUUAUUGGAUAUUCUCUUCACUCGGUCCAUCGAUGCAUUGGUUCGGGUUUUCGUUUUUCUUGUACGUUUAUGACGUAUAUGGUGGACUGGAUAUCACUCCCUUUGUGGGAAUGUAUAUAUUGAGCGCGUAGGAAGUAAAUAGCGAAAAGUAAUAUAGAAAAGAUCAUAUGGACUUUUCUUUGAGAUUGCGAUUCAGAAAUGGGAAUGGAAAGGGAUAGAUCUGCAUUUAUGCCGACAUUAUGCAGAAUCAAGAAGAGAUUGAUUUUGGCCA